AUGCAGUGCCUAGCGGCCGCUCUUAAGGACGAAACCAACAUGAGUGGGGGAGGGGAGCAGGCCGACAUCCUGCCGGCCAACUACGUGGUCAAGGAUCGCUGGAAGGUGCUCAAAAAGAUCGGGGGCGGGGGCUUUGGUGAGAUCUACGAGGCCAUGGACCUGCUGACCAGGGAGAAUGUGGCCCUGAAGGUGGAGUCGGCCCAGCAGCCCAAGCAGGUCCUCAAGAUGGAGGUGGCUGUGCUCAAAAAGCUGCAAGGGAAAGACCACGUGUGCAGGUUCAUUGGCUGUGGCCGGAACGAGAAGUUUAACUAUGUAGUGAUGCAGCUCCAGGGCCGGAACCUGGCUGACCUGCGACGCAGCCAGCCUCGAGGCACCUUCACGCUGAGCACCACUCUGCGGCUGGGCAAGCAGAUCCUGGAGUCCAUCGAGGCCAUCCACUCCGUGGGCUUCCUGCACCGCGACAUCAAGCCGUCAAACUUUGCCAUGGGCAGGCUGCCCUCCACCUACAGAAAGUGCUACAUGUUGGAUUUUGGGCUGGCCCGGCAGUACACCAACACCACGGGGGACGUUCGGCCCCCUCGGAAUGUGGCCGGGUUUCGUGGGACUGUUCGUUAUGCCUCGGUCAACGCUCACAAGAACCGGGAGAUGGGCCGCCACGAUGAUCUGUGGUCCCUCUUCUACAUGCUUGUGGAGUUUGCAGUGGGUCAGCUACCUUGGAGGAAGAUCAAGGACAAGGAGCAGGUAGGGAUGAUCAAGGAGAAGUACGAGCACCGGAUGCUGCUGAAGCACAUGCCCUCCGAGUUCCACCUUUUCCUGGACCACAUCGCCAGCCUUGACUAUUUCACCAAGCCCGAUUACCAGUUGAUCAUGUCAGUGUUUGAGAACAGCAUGAAGGAGCGGGGCAUCGCCGAGAACGAGGCCUUUGACUGGGAGAAGGCGGGCAAUGACGCCCUCCUGUCCACGAGCACCUCCACCCCGCCCCAGCAGAACACCCGGCAGACGGCAGCCAUGUUUGGGGUGGUCAACAUGACGCCGGUGCCCGGCGACCUGCUCCGGGAAAACACCGAGGAUGUGCUGCAGGGCGAGCACCUGAGUGACCAGGAGAACGCACCUCCAAUCCUGCCGGGGCGGCCCCCCGAGGGGCCGGGCUCCAGCCCCCACCUCGUCCCUCACCCUGGGGGUCCUGAGGCUGAAGUCUGGGAGGAGACAGAUGUCAACCGGAACAAACUCCGGAUCAACAUUGGCAAAACCCCCUGUGUGGUGGAGGAGGAGCAGAGCCGAGUUGCGGGGGUCCCCAGCUCCCCGGUGCGCGCCCCCCCAGACUCACCGACAACCCCAGUCCGUUCUCUGCACUACCGGAGGGUCAACAGCCCUGAGUCGGAGAGGCUGUCCACGGUGGAUGGGCGGGUGGAACUGCAUGAGAGGAGGUCACGGAUGGAUCUGCCCGGCUCACCCUCGCGCCAGGCCUGUUCCUCGCAGCCGGCCCAGAUGCUGUCAGUGGACACAGGCCACGCCGACCGGCAGGCUAGCGGCCGCAUGGACGUGUCAGCCUCCGUGGAACAGGAGGCCCUGAGCAAUGCCUUCCGCUCGGUGCCACUGGCCGAGGAGGAGGACUUCGACAGCAAGGAGUGGGUCAUCAUUGACAAGGAGACAGAGCUGAAGGACUUCCCCCCGGGGGCUGAGCCUAGUACGUCGGGCACCACGGACGAGGAGCCCGAGGAGCUGCGGCCGCUGCCCGAGGAGGGCGAGGAGCGUCGGCGGCCAGGGCCGGAGCCCGCCGUCCGGCCCCGGGCACGCGGCAUGCACACGCUGGCCGAGGAGGACGUGCGGCUCACGCCGGCUCAGCCCCUGCCACCCCAGCUGAACCAGGCCGAUGGCCGGUCAGAGACAUCACAGCCCCCCACGCCCGGCAGCCCUUCCCACUCGCCCCUGCACUCCGGACCCCGCCCUCGACGGAGAGAGUCGGAUCCCACGGGCCCUCAGAGGCAGGUAUUCUCCGUGGCGCCCCCGUUUGAGGUGAAUGGUCUCCCACGAGCCGUGCCCCUGAGCCUGCCCUACCAGGACUACAAGAAGGAUCUCUCCGAUUACCGCGAACGGGCUCGGCUGCUCAACAGGGCCCGGAGGGUGGACUUCUCGUACAUGCUACUUGCCACCCCGCAGGUCCCGCUGGCUCCUGUUCAGCCUCAAACGAAUGGGAAGGAGGAAGAGGAGGAGGAGGAGGAGGAAGAGGAGGAGGAGGAGGAGGAAGAAGAAGAGGAAGAAGAAGAGGAGGAGGAGGAGGAAGAGGAGGAAGAAGAGGAGGAAGAAGAGGAGGAGGAGGCAGUGGCCCUGGGGGAGGUGCUGGGGCCACACAGUGGCUCCAGCAGUGAGGGCAGCGAGAGGAGCACGGACCGGAGCCAGGAGGGCGCCCCGUCCACGCUGCUGGCCGAUGAUCAGAAAGAGUCCAGGGGCCGAGCCUCCAUGGCUGACGGGGACCUGGAGCCUGAGGAGGGCUCCAAAACGCUGGUGCUCGUCUCCCCUGGCGACAUGAAGAAGUCGCCUGUCACUGCCGACCUGGCCCCCGACCCUGACCUGGGCACUCUGGCUGCCCUCACUCCUCAGCACGAACGGCCCCAGCCCACUGGCAGCCAGCUGGACGUGUCUGAGCCAGGCACCCUAUCCUCCGUCCUCAAGUCUGAGCCCAAGCCCCCUGGGACCGGGACAGGGCUGGGGGCUGGGGCAGUGACCAUAGGGGCAGGGGGAGUGGCAGUCACCUCCUCGCCCUUCACCAAAGUCGAGAGGACCUUUGUGCACAUUGCAGAGAAAACCCACCUCAAUGUCAUGUCUUCCGGUGGACAAGCCUCCCGGUCUGAGGAGCUCAGCGCUGGGGGAGAGCUGGGCCUGGAGGUGCCCUCUGAUGGAAGGGCUGAGGAGGAGGGGGCCUCCGUGUACCUGGAGAACGGCAUUGCCAUAUCAGGGCUGGUGAGCUGUGUCCUGUCCGCCCCCCCCGGGAGCAGCCCCUUGGAGGUGACCACAGACUCACUGCCCAAUGGCCCAGCCCCUGCCGAUGGGCCAGCCCCGGCGUCCCUGCUGGAGCCAGGUCCCGAGAAACUGGCCACCAUCUCCCCCAGUCGCCAUGCCAUGCCAGGCCCUCGCCCCAGGAGCCGAAUCCCUGUCCUGCUGUCUGAGGAGGACACAGGCUCGGAGCCCUCAGGCUCACUGUCGGCCAAAGAGCGGUGGAGCAAGAGGGCCCGACCACAGCAGGACCUGGCGCGGCUGGUGAUGGAGAAGAGGCAGGGCCGCCUGCUGUUGCGCCUGGCCUCUGGGGCCUCAUCCUCUUCCAGUGAGGAGCAGCGCCGUGCCUCUGAGACGCUCUCAGGCACAGGCUCCGAGGAGGACACGCCUGCCUCUGAGCCCGCGGUGCCCAGGAAAGCCGGGCGGGCAGCUGCCACCCGGAGCCGGAUCCCCCGCCCCAUCAGCACCCGCAUGCCCACGCCUGCCGCAGCCCAGCAGCCCCCUGACAGACCCCAAGGCGCGGCCCCAGCAUCUGACACAGCCAUCACCAGCAGGCUCCAGCUGCAGAAGCCCCCAGGGACGGCCAUUGCUGCUGACCUCCGUCCCAAACAGCCCCCCGGCCGUGGCCCAGGCCCAGGGCGAACCCAAGCCGGCACCAGGCCCCCAGCCCCGCGCAGUCCUGGCCUCCCCGCCUCCUCCGCGCACCAUCCCAGCGCCUCCCCUCGGAGCCGGUCCCUGUCCCGCAAAGAGAGCCCCUCCCCCUCGCACCAGGCCCGGCCCGGGCCCCCCCCACCCCGGGGCGCCCCGCAGGCCCGGGCCCAGCCUGAAGGCACCCCCUCCCCGGGGGGCCCCAAGAAAGGACCCAGAGGGAAACUCCAGACUCAGCGCGCAACCAAAGGCCGGGCGGGGGUUGCGGAGGGUCGGGCUGGGGCCAGAUAA